AUGCCACCUAAAACAGCAACAAAAGAAAAAGAUCCAAAUGCACCAAAAAAACCAUUAUCACCUUAUUUCUUAUUUCAAGCUGAUACGAGACCAAAAAUAAAAGCAGAAAAUCCGGAUAUGGCAUUUGGUGAUAUCGCUAAAGCUAUUGGUACUGAAUGGAAAAAUGUGAAGCCGGAAACCAAAAAACAUUAUGAAAAACUUGCCGAAAAAGAAAAGGCACGUUAUGAAAAAGAUAUGGCUUCGUAUAAAAAUGGUACAUUUCAAGCGCCAGCAAGUAAUGGUGCAAGUUCAAAAAAGAAAAAACCGGCUACAAAUGGCAAAGCAUCAUCGAAAAAGCCCGCUCCAGCUGCCAACGACGACGGUGAAGAUGAUGAAUCAGAUUUAGACGAUGAAAGUAACGAAGAAGAAGAAGAGUAA